CUCGAAGAAAACAAAGUUUUACAUUUGCAACGUGGUCUUUUCAAACGUUAUUUCUGAUAUAUUUGAGGCAUAUAACUGCAUUUUAUCAUUACUCAUAUAUGUAGGACUAUCUAAAGACUAUUUCAAAGAAGACUAGGCCGGUUACAAGGCAGAUAAAUAUGGAUUACUCAAAAUUUCUAGAUGAUAACUUUGAUGCAAAAGAAUGGAUUAACAAUGCCUUCAAGACGCAAAAAGAUAGCACAACAAGCAAAGAUCAAUAUGCCACUACUCUUGUGAUGAAGCUACAGAUGUUCAUACAGGAAGUGAACAAUGUGAUAGAGGAAGGUUCCCAGCAAGCCUUGCAAAACAUGCCUCGUGUCCUACGUGAGAUUGAUGCAGUUACAUCAGAGGCCAAACUCCUGCAAGAUCAGAUGAGAGCUGUUAAAGAAGACAUUGAAAAGGUGGAGCAUGACACAGCUCAAUCUAUGGAGACCUUGAUGAAAUUGGACCAGGUGAAGUCUCGCAUGAAGGACACCUCACACGCCCUACAGGAAGCUGACAACUGGACAACACUGUCAGCAAAUGUGGAGGAGGUGUUCCAGUCCCAAGAUAUCUCAGCAAUCUCUCAGAAACUUGUUGGAAUGCAACAAAGUUUGCAAAUGUUGGUAGAUGUACCUGAUUAUGAGGAUCGUUGCAAUCAUUUAGAAUCACUGAAGAACAGACUUGAGGCCAUGCUAAGUCCUCAGCUUGUUGCUGCUUUCAACACACAAUCUUUAGAAUCUGCACAAGGAUACGUCCAAGUGUUUUCAGACAUAAACCGUCUUCAACAGCUCAACAAAUACUACCACAAAUGUCAAAAGGCUAAGUUGUUAGAUAUCUGGAAGAAGACAGUUGAUGAAAACAGUGACAAGUCAAUGGUUGAGUGGCUGCCAGGUUUUUACGAUCAGUUACUCUCAACUUGGCACACGCAGAUCACAUGGUGCAGUCAAGUAUUUUCUAACCCUGCAAGGUUGGUGUGUGAUGUUCUGACUGACACCCUUCUCAGUGUCGACCCUUCCCUGCCUCUUUGCGUCACAACCACAGUUGAAGAGGAGUCUCAUGUUUUGCCAACUCUCAUAGAGUUAAAGGAGAUAUCUGGAAGAUUUGCCAAGGCAAUAGAGGGAGCCACUGAAAGUCACAUCUCUGGUUCAAAUGAAGACAAAGAAAGUGUGGAUAAUCUUUUAGCCACAAUAUACAAACCCUACCAUAGUCAUAUUGCAUCAUAUGGUCAACUGGAACAGGAUGCAUUGAUGGCGGACCUUAAUAAUAUUGCUUUAGAUCACUCAGAGAUAUUGGACACAGUGAGACUGGUCGGGGAAUCUGUCACAAAACUAUUUAGUGCGACCAAUCAGGCGAAUGAAAGAUGUCUCCAGUUAACAAAUGGAUGCGGAUAUGUUGGCUUACUAGAUGCAUUGCAGAAAUACUUUUCUGCAUAUGUGAUGGAAUUCCGUAGAGUUUUGACUAAUUUACGAGAAAAGUGUAAGAUUGACAAUCGUAGUGAGGCUGAUGAUUGGUCAUUUUUUCAACACUCUUUACGAAUGAUACAGACUUGUGGAGACCUCAUCCUGCACUUAGAUGAAUUAGAUGGCGCUGUGAUCAGCAACCUAUUAAUGUCUGCCGGAAAAUAUUGCGUACCACUCUCUCCGUCAACUAUCAAAGAACUGGACAAAAGAGGCACAACUAAUCAGACACCGUUCCACAAGUUCACAAGUCUCUAUCUAGAAGACCCCAGCCAGCAGUUGGCCUUGGAACAUCUUAUCACACAGGUGGAAGAAGGUGACACACCUUCAGUUUUACCUGAGAUAAAGCAAGAGUUUUACAAACUUAGCGAGCUUGUACAUAAGUUAGCAUUCGACAUAGCAUUUGCUCCUUUGAAGCAUGACCUUGUGGGGUUGUCAACGAUGGAGAUAUGGACAUCCCAAAGUGCUGGUGGUGCCGUUACAUCAGACUUACCUACUUUUAGUCUUUCUCCUCAAGAAUAUAUUACAAAGAUUGGUCAGUACUUGAUGACUCUACCACAGCAGUUAGAGCCAUUCACCAUGCAGGACAACCCAGCAUUGAUUGUUGCCUUAAAGCAUGGCAAGCUACCAUUCACAGAUAUACAAGAGGUGCCUGAACACAUAGCUGAUGUGUGGUUGGACUCUAUAUCAAAGGGCACUAUGCACACUUACAGUGAGGAAAUCUUGAAGGUGAACACAAUAACAGCUCAUGCUACACGCCAGAUGAUAACAGAUAUAGAUUAUCUUUGUAAUGUGCUGGAUGAUCUGGGUCUUCACCCCACUGAGAACUUGAAGAACAUAGAAACGCUUCUGAAGGCCCCACAAGAUGACUUCAAUGAGCUUACAGAGAAAAUGCCUGUUAGAUUGUAUAGAAUGAUAGCUGGUAUGAGAGACCUCAGUAUAGAUUGAAGAUGAUGUAUAGACAGUAUCUCAACAUAUCCUCUGGCCCAUGUUUUUUAGUUCCUAGGCUCUAAAUUACAAGGACCAGCGGCUAGAUAUUAGAAUCUAUGGGGAUCAGGCCUGAAUAUAUAACUAAAUAAUGAAGUAACAUUGGAACUUUACUGCUCUGACAUUUAAAAUCUUUGUUUCUUCAUUGAUGGACACUGGAAAAACAUUGAUGCCAAAGGAGCGACAUUUGGGGGUAUGAAAAAAUCUGUUCUAUCUUUUGGCUGCAUAUGAACUGAGUUGCAUACAUUAUCUUAUUGGUAUGCAGUGUUAAGUGACUGUCUCUGAACCAAUUAGAUUUUAGAUAUCUAGGUUUCUACAAUAUAAGGUUAGGAAUAAACAUUUGAAUUUAAUUUGUAUUUUGUAAAAUAAUCCAUGGGAGUAUAAUGUUUAUUUAUUUGCUGUAUAUAAGGUACUGGUAAACCAAGAGGGGAAAUAUAUUU